UGUCCCUCCUUGCUCACCGUAACUGCGCAGAAGUAUGGCGGCCUGAGAGUUGUGACAACUGUUUUGAUGGUGUAAAUAUCAAAUUUCUUCCAUUUUAAAGUCAUUUAUCUUCGGAAUUCCUUUACAUAUUGAUUAAUUACCACAUUUAAACUCCGACCAGCAUGCCUUCAGCCUGUGACGCAAUGAUUGAAGACAUUGAGGACAUGGUGUCCUCGAGUGACCCCACUCCUCAUGAGAGACAGUCUGCGAGGAAGAACAUCAUACCGAGGUCCAGGAAGAAAAAGGAUUUGCUGAUCAACGAGGAGCUCCAAGCUGACAGUUUGAUCCCUGGCACUCAAAAAAUCUGGAUGAGAACAUGGGGCUGCAGUCACAACAACUCAGAUGGAGAGUACAUGGCCGGACAGCUAGCUGCCAGUGGAUACAAGAUGACAGAUGAUCCAACAGAGGCUGACCUGUGGCUGCUCAACAGCUGCACUGUGAAAAACCCUGCAGAGGACCACUUCAGGAACUCAAUCAAAAAAGCCCAGGAUCAGCAGAAAAAGGUGGUGCUAGCAGGUUGUGUCCCUCAGGCUCAGCCACGGAUGGAGUAUCUCAAAGGACUCAGCAUCAUCGGGGUCCAGCAGAUUGAUCGGGUGGUGGAAGUGGUGGACGAGGCCGUUAAAGGACACUCUGUUCGCCUGUUGGGUCAGAAGAAAGAUGGAGGCCGGAGGCUGGGAGGAGCUCGCCUGGACCUGCCCAAGAUCAGGAAAAACCCUCUGAUUGAAAUCAUCUCCAUUAACACCGGGUGUCUGAAUGCGUGCACCUACUGUAAGACAAAACACGCCAGAGGAGACCUGGCCAGCUAUCCAGUAGAGGAGCUUGUGGAGAGAGCCAGGCAGUCUUUCCAGGAGGGAGUGUGUGAGAUCUGGCUGACCAGUGAGGACACAGGAGCUUACGGUCGAGACAUUGGGACAGACCUGCCCACGCUGCUGUGGAGAUUAGUGGAGGAGAUUCCUGAAGGGGCCAUGCUGAGGCUGGGCAUGACCAACCCUCCAUACAUCCUGGAACACCUAGAGGAGAUGGCAAAGAUAUUGAAUCAUCCGCGUGUCUAUGCCUUCCUUCACGUUCCGGUGCAGUCAGCCUCAGACAGCGUCCUGAUGGACAUGAAGAGGGAAUAUUGCGUUGAUGACUUCAAACAAGUGGUGGACUUCCUCAAAGAACAGGUCCCAGGUGUGACCAUCGCGACGGAUAUAAUCUGCGGGUUUCCUGGUGAGACGGAGGAAGACUUCCAAGAGACAAUAGAGCUGGUGAAACUCUACCGAUUCCCAAGUCUCUUUAUCAACCAGUUCUACCCCAGACCAGGAACACCUGCAGCCAAGAUGGAGCAAGUAGCAGCACAUGUGAAGAAGCAGAGGACUAAGGAGCUGUCACAACUCUUCCACUCCUACAAUCCGUAUGAUCACGAGGUUGGAGAGAGGCAACAUGUGCUGGUAACAGAGGAGUCAUUUGACACGCAGUACUACGUGGCUCAUAACAAGUUCUAUGAACAGGUGCUGGUUCCUAAGAGGCUUGAGUUCAAAGGGAAGAUGAUUGAGGUGGACAUCUAUGAGGCAGGAAAACACUUCCUGAAAGGCCGGCCAGUGGAUGACAGUAAGCCAUUCACUCCCUCAAUCGCCACGCCACUUCAGAAGGGAGAGGUAUCCGGCCUGAUGCAGGAGCAGCUGGCGAAUGGCGUCCACGGUCCUGCCUCCACUCCAUCUUCAUCCAUCUCAAUGCUCGGCUCAUACAGUCUGGACAGGGAAGUGCUGAAGAAACUUGUAAUUGGACUCACUCUGGCAGCAGCCAUGUUGGCCUUUGUGGUGGAGAAACUAUAUUAAUGGAGCGACUACAAACUAGACGGUGAACAAGGUGGAGAGUUACAUUUGGUGAGCUUGCACAGUUUGAUAAAAGAAUCCACCGCAAAUUAAAUAUACCCAAAGAAAAACGAUGAAGUCAGCGACACUUGGUCUUGUUUAGAAAUAUUUAUCUUAUUUUUAGAGCAGCUCAAUUUGUAUUUUUAAUUAAAGGGCAGAGUCAACCACUGAACAGUCAUUUUGCUGUUCAGAGCAGCAGGGUCACUGAGGGGUUUUUUUCAAUAAAGGAGGGCACUGACCGGUCGUUAGACGUCAUGAACCUUUUUAACCUUUAUGUAGCCUUUUGGUACAAAGUACAUUUUAAUUUCACUUCCCACUCAGACUCUUUUCAGGCGCAGGUUGUGAGAGAGCUGUACAUUGUGUAACUGUAGGCUGUUUCAGGACGGUGUCAUGCUUGUUCAUGAACUGGUUAGAGAGUGCUUGGAUCAUGUUUUGAGGUAUUUGUAGCUGUUUUAUGGAUAAAUUAAGCACAACUCAACCAGCAGAACACAUUCAGGUAAUCUGUACCAGAGCGACAUUUGUGGAUAAAACUUUCAGCCACAGUUUCAGACUCUCACACAGGUCCAUGAAUCAAAGUGUGAGAAGCUGAGCCUUUCAUCUUCUCUUCUGUUGGGUUAACUCUGACUUAUUUUACAGUUUAUUUUAUUCUGUGGAUUGGAGAAACACUGUGUGAAUAGAAUACUCUGAAUAAAAGUGAUUUGUAACCCUUACUUUGAAGUAUUUAUUUUGGAAUAAGAUAGAAGAGGAUAUUUUUCAGGGUUUUCAGAACAAAUGUAUUUCACUGUGUUUGUUUCUUUCUGUUUUAUUGGUUUUAAGGUUCUUCAUUUUAUUGUUUUGCCUCCUACAGAAAAGUCAUGUGAAAUCCUGUAUUAUUGAUGUGCUGUAUCCUGUAGAUUGAGAGAUUGCAACCCAUUGACCUGAUGGAGUAUAAUGCAAAAUGUUUUGUGUUAUUAACCCGUCACUUUGCAGAGUUGUGACAGAAUACCACGAUACCAAUGAGAGGAAUUUGAAGUCUAACAUGUUCACAAGUUUAAGGAUUAUUUACAUAUUCUCCCCCUCACAUACUUAGCUCAUAUACAGGCCUUGAGUUUUCUGACACCACCCCAGGACAGUGAAAGUAAAUGAAGCUACAUUGUUCACAUAGUUUGAAGCUGUUUCUUUUCGUACUCUGGAGACAAUUUAUUUUUUUGUAUUCAGCUGAUGAUCCUGCAUUGGGUUGAUUUUUUGGACUGCUGAUUGUGUAUAUACAGUCUGAAGCUUUAUUGAGACAGUGUAUAUACUUUAAUGUUCUUCUUUAAAUGCUUUGUCAAAACUAUUGGAGACCGUUAAAUAAAGGACAGAAUCAGUGAAAGGG